AUGCAAGCCCAAGGAGAAGAUAAACGGCAAGAGGGAGAUAUCAUGCAAGCGCAAGAAGAAGGUAGAUGGCAAGAGGAAGACACCAUGCAAGCAAAAGGAGAAGAUAAAAGGCAAGACGAAAAUAUCAUACAAGCGCAAGGAGAAGAUAAACGGCAAGAGGAAGAUAUUACACAAGCGCAAGGAGAAGACAAAAGGCAAGACGAAGAUAUUAGGCAAGAUGAAAGUAUUACACAAGCACAAGGAGAAGACAAACGGCAAGACGAAGAUAUCAUACAAGCGCAAGGAGAAGAUAAACGGCAAGACGAAGACAUUAUGCAAGCAAAAGGAGAAGAUCAACGACAUCGAGAUGAUUUCACAUGGUUUCUUGAUGGCAAAAAACCAUGGCAGGAAAACAUGGCAGGAAACCAUCGUAGAAAUCCAUCACAAGAAACCAUGACAGGAGGAAAUCACGGCAGAAAACCGUGGAAGAAACCAUGGCAAGAAACCAUGGAAGGAAUCAUGGCAGGAAGUCACGGCAAAAAACCAUGCCAGGAAACCAUGGGAGGGAAACCAUGGGAGGCAAGAAAUUGUGGCAGGAAACCAUCUCAGGAAACCAAGGCUCUAAGAAGCCUUGCCAAGAAGCCAUGCCAAGAUGAAGAAACCAUGGCAGGAAACCAUGGCAGGAAACCAUGCCAAGAAACCAAUCCACAACAAGACCAUGCCGGGAAACCAUGUCAAGAAGCCAUGUCAAGAAACCGUGCCAAUGUGUCCUUAGUGUACAAAAUCUCACUAUU